AAACGACCGUGGAUGGUGAUCGAACUUGGUCAGUCUGUAAGUUCACCGUUUACUACAGCCACCACCAACACAGCCUGGCAAUAUGGCGUCGACCGCGUCGUCUUCUCAGGUCGACGUCCUGGAUCAGAUAUUCUCUGGAUUGAAGAACAAAAACCACCAAGUACGGCUCCAAGCUGCCGUUGAUCUCCAAGCCUAUGUCUCUACAACUAUUCCAGAAAUGAGCCCAGAUGCGGCUGCAAAGAUAUGGGAAGACACCAUCAACAGGAAGCUAUCUGAUCUUGUGCAUAGUCAAGCCAACUUUGAAAAGUUGGGAGGCAUACUGGCGAUCGACCAUCUUUUGGAUGCGAAGGGUGACGGUAUUAUCGAAACCUACCUAUACCGAUUCUACAACUAUGUCAAGGCACUCCUCCCAAACCCCGACAUAAAUGUUAUGCUCGCUGCGUCUAAGACUCUGGGACGGAUUGCCGAGAUUGGAGGACCAUCGUUUGGAGAGGUCUUUAUGGACUACGAAAUUCAAGAAGCAAUUGGCAUACUUCAAACCGACAAGCAAGAACCUGGACGAUAUGCGGGUGUCCUCAUUCUGAAGGAGCUUGCUCGCAAUAGCCCAACGUACUUUCAGGCCCACAUAGGUCUUGUCUUCGAUAAAAUCCUAGUCCCAUUGCGUGACCCUCGUAUCAUUGUUCGCGAAAGUGCCGCCGAGCUAUUGGCUGCAUGUUUAGAGAUCAUCACACAGAGGGAGCGUCAGACUCGUAGCCCAUUCCUCCUGAAGAUCCUACAGGAUGCCCAGAUGGGACUGAAGAUGCCUCAACCGGAAAUUAUUCACGGGUCACUACUCACCUACCGAGAGCUUCUGCUACAUGGUGGCAUGUUCAUGAAGGAGAAUUUCCUCGAUGCUACAGAACAGCUACUCUUCUUCAAGACACAUCGAGACCCCCACGUUCGAAAGAUGGUGAUCACCUUGAUUCCUACUCUUGCCGUGUAUGAUACACAAACCUUCUCUGAGCACUACCUUCACAAGGCGAUGGGACAUUUGCUCACCCAGCUGGAGAAGCCAACUGAGAGAUCUGUUGCUUUCAUUGCUAUUGGUCACGUUGCCACUGCAGUGGGCAGUGGAAUGAAACCGUUCUUAGAUUCGAUCAUGGCACACAUUAAAAAUGGCCUACAACAACGAGGGAAGAAGAAUGCUCCUUCUGAAGAGCCGAUAUUCCAAUGCAUCGGUAUGCUCGCAUCGGCCGUUGGACCAAAUCUUACAAAAUUGCUUCACGACCAACUGGACCUCAUGUUUGCAUGCGGCUUGAGUGAGCCCUUGCACCAGGCCCUUGUAGCCAUCUCGCGUCAUAUCCCGCCGCUCCUGAAAACCAUUCAAGAUCGUCUACUGGACAUGCUGUCUCUCAUUCUGAGUGGCAAGAACUACAAGCCAUUAGGAGCGCCGCCCCUAGUGCGAAACGAGACUCCACCUAUGACAAGAGAGUUCAGCAGUGCCGACGGUACAAGCACAACGAAAGGCCCCGAACUUCUGACCCUCGCUUUGACAAUCCUGGGCUCUUUCGACUUCAGCGGUCACAUCCUGAACGAGUUUGUCCGCGACUGUGCCCUUCCGUACCUUGAGGAAGAUAAUCCUGAAGUCCGUCGAGCGGCAGCAUUGACAUGUUGUCGGCUCUUCAUGCGGGACCCUAUUUGCUAUCAAGCUAGCAAUUAUUCCAUCGAGAUCAUUGGGGAUGUUAUCGACAAGUUACUGACCGUCGGCAUUGCUGAUCCAGACCCAAGCAUUCGGCAGGCUGUACUAUCAUCUUUACACGAACGGUUCGACAAGCAUCUUGCCCAAGCGGAGAACGUACGGUCAUUGUUCGUCGCGCUCAACGAUGAAGUAUUCGAAAUCCGCCUCACUGCUGUAACGUUAAUGGGUCGACUCGCUUUGCACAACCCUGCAUAUGUGAUGCCGUCACUCCGGAAGACACUGAUACAGCUCCUGACAGAGAUGGAGUAUUCGAUUGUCACUCGUAGUCGCGAGGAGUGUACCCGCCUCCUGACGGCCCUGAUCGGUGCAACGCAGAGGCUCAUCAAGCCUUACGCAAUUCCUAUGCUUCGAGUUCACCUACCCAAAGCAAACGAUCCGAACCCAAUUGUGGCAGCAAACGUUCUUAUGUGUCUUGGCGAGCUAGCUUGCGUCGGUGGUGAAGACGCUCAAGCUCUCGUUCCCGAUCUCAUGGAUGUUAUUAUGACAAAGCUUGUUGACCCCGACCCUAUCAAACGGAAUGCUGCCCUUCAUACUUUGGGCCAAGUCUGUUCAAGUACGGGCUAUGUCGUCACGCCGUUGAUAGAGCAUCCGCAGUUAUUGCAGAUCUUGAGCCGCAUCCUUCGCACGGAACCCAAAUCCGCCGUCAGGCGAGAGGUGAUCAAGGUGCUAGGUAUCCUUGGUGCUUUGGAUCCUUACAGGCGGAAGACAAAGCCUGAAGAGGAAGUCGUGGCCGAGAUACCUUCCAAUCUCACCAAUCCUGUUCCAAGGAACUUGACCGGCUCUUCUACAUCGUCCGACGAUUACUACCAGACAGUCGCCAUCAACGCUUUGUUAGGUAUCCUGAAAGACACUUCUUUGACCAAUCACCAUCACAAAGUCAUCGAGGCCAUCAUGUCAGUAUUCAAGACCCAGGGCCUGAAAUGUGUCACAUUCCUUCCUCAGAUUAUACCCGCGUUUGCUAGCGUCGCCAAAACAUCGCAAGGUCGUAUUCAGGUUUUCCAUCUGGAGCAACUUGCCAUUCUCAUCGGGAUUAUCAAGCAACAUGUUCGGAACCAUAUGCCAGACAUCUUUUCUCUGAUACAAGACCUGUGGGAGAACACUUCACUACAUCUACCCUUGGUCUCGCUGGUCGAGGCUCUUGGCAAGGCAAUGGACGCUGAGUUCAAACCUUUCCUACCUCACAUCCUACCGAUGAUGCUCAAGGUCUUCGACGGCGAGAUGAAUGAGAAGGUUGCCAGUACUCAAAUCAAAAUUUUCGACGCUUUCCUCACCUUCGGGGCGAAUAUCGAGGAGUUCCUUCAACUCCUCAUCCCCAUCAUUGUGAAGACUGCGGAGAGGCCAGAUGGAAGUACAGCAUUGCGCAAACGUGCCAUCCAGACCAUCGAUGGAUUGUCAAAACGGGUGAACUUUUCUGACUUCUCAUCGCGCAUCAUCCAUCCUUUCUCUCGUGUGCUGAACCAACCGAACAAUGAACUUCGGAUGGCGGUCAUGGACACACUAUGUUCCUUGGUCACCCAACUCGGAUCCGAUUUUGCUGUUUUCAUUCCGAUGAUCAAUAAGUGCCUGCUUCGAAAUCGAAUAUCCCAUCCGAGAUACGAGUCUCUCAUAAGCAAGCUCCUAAACGGUGAACGUCUGCCUCAGGAAAGUGGUGUCCCAGAGCUAUUCUCGAGCGACAGUUCAAAGGCUGCGGAGUAUCAGGCCCCCGCUGAAGCCACGAAGAUGGCUGUCAAUCAGCAGCAUUUGAAGCAAGCAUGGGACGUAUCACAGAUAUCCGGUAGGGAAGACUGGCUGAAAUGGAUGCACAACUUCUCUGUGGAGUUCAUGAAGGAGUCGCCAUCGCAUGCUCUGAGAGCUUGCAUGAGUUUGGUUGACGUUCACGCGCCUCUCGCCAAAGAGCUCUUCAAUGCCGCUUUUAUUUCGUGUUGGGGAGAGUUGUACGACCAAUAUCAGGAAGAUCUCGUGCGCUCUAUCGAGUUCGCAAUCACUUCGCCACUAGCACCGUCAGAACUGGUACAUCGGUUGCUCAAUCUCUCUGAGUUCAUGGAACAUGAAGAAAAACCGCUUCCCAUCGAGAACAGGACCCUCGGAGAGUACGCUAUGAAGUUCCACGCUUAUGCCAAGGCACUACACUAUAAGGAGCUGGAGUUCUUCACCGAGACCUCGCCGACCAUCAUUGAAGCUUUGAUCGGCAUUAACUCCAAGUUGCAACAACAUGACGCAGCGUGGGGCACCCUGCUUAUUGCUCGUGAGCAGUACGACGUCAGCAAGCAUGAAGAAUGGUACGAGCGAUUGGGCAGAUGGCAAGAGGCUCUGCACACUUACGAAAAGCGAGCGUUAGAGGAUCCUGACUCAUCAGACAUCGCCAUUGGAAAGAUGCGAUGUUUGCACGCCCUUGGUGAAUGGGAUCAACUUGCAGCUCAAGUCGAGGAGCACUGGUCUCUCGCCAGUCAUGAAGAUCGACGCGAAAUCGCGCCAAUGGCGGCUGCCGCUGCUUGGUCUUUGCAUGAUUGGGAUGCCAUGGAAGACUACAUCGCCACCAUGAAACCUGACUCUGCGGACCGUCCAUUCUAUCGUGCGAUCCUGGGCGUACAUCAAAAUCAGUUCCCGAAAGCCAUGACGCAGAUCGCGAAAGCUAGAGACCUGUUAGACCCUGAACUUACCUCGUUAGUGGGCGAAAGCUAUGGUCGAUCUUAUAACACUAUGGUCAGGGCACAGAUGCUCUCCGAAUUGGAAGAAAUAAUUGCAUACAAGCAGUACGCGGAUCAGCCCGAGCGGCAAGAAAUGAUGAAGAAAACUUGGAUGAAGAGGUUGCAAGGCUGUCAACCUGAUGUUGACGUUUGGCAACGGAUCCUUCAAGUUCGAGCUCUGGUUCUUAGCCCUGACGACGAUCCUGCAAUGUGGAUUAAGUUUGCGAACUUGUGUCGGAAGUCUGAACGAAUGUUCCUAGCUGAGAAGACUAUCAAUUCUUUGCUCACCCCGGAACGACUCCAACAACAUUAUCGUGACCAGCAUCAUACCAAGGCUCCGCCAAACGUUGUAUAUGCUCACCUCAAAUACAUGUGGGCAGCAGGUGCUAAGAAGGAGAGCUUGGAUUUCUUGCGUCAAUUUACCGCCAGUCUCAUGAGGGAUUUGGAUUCUGAGCCGCCAGACCAACAGAACAACCCUGUCGCCAAACAGAAGAUAGAGGAACUGACACAUCUUCUCGCCCGAUGCUGCUACAAGCAGGGAGAAUGGCAGAUGGCAACGAAGGAUGAAUGGAGUAGCAGAAACAUCAAAGACAUACUGAGAUCAUUUGUCCUUGCCACUCACUAUGACUCUCAGUGGUACAAAGCUUGGCAUACAUGGGCGCUGGCGAACUUCGAGGUCGUCAACUUUUUGGAAAGCCAAACCGAGAAUAAGCUCGUGGAUGGACCCGGCAAUGACUUGGUUGUUCAUGUUGUACAGGCCGUGGAUGGGUUCUUCCGGUCCAUUGGUUUACGCAAUGAGAACGCACUUCAGGACACUCUUCGGCUUCUCACUCUCUGGUUCAAGUUCGGACAUCAUGACGAUGUGAGCCACUCAAUGGCUGGAGGCUUCUCUACCGUCGAGGUCAACACAUGGCUAGAGGUUAUUCCUCAAAUCAUAGCACGUAUUCAAACGCCAAGUGCCAACAUUCGCCGUAACAUCAACACUCUUCUGACCGACGUCGGCAAGCAGCACCCGCAAGCACUAAUCUAUCCACUCACAGUGGCGUCAAAGUCUUCAAGUGCUGUGCGGAAGAACGCUGCCUUGGCCAUCAUGGAACGCAUGCGAGAACACAGUCCAGUGAUAGUCGAGCAGGCAUCGCUUGUCAGUCAUGAACUCAUCCGUGUAGCAAUCCUUUGGCAUGAGUUGUGGCAUGAAGGCCUUGAGGAGGCUUCGAGACUUUAUUUCACUGACAAGAACCCAGAGGGUAUGAUUGCAUUCUUGGAGCCUCUGCACGACAUGCUAGAAGCAGGUCCGAAAACUGCUCGUGAGACGUCUUUCACCCAAGUCUUCGGUCGAGAUCUACAUGAAUCUCGCGAGGCAUGCCGACGGUACCGUUUGUAUGGUGAACCACAGGACAUCGAGAAAGCCUGGGAGAUUUAUUACGGAGUCUUCAAGAAGAUCGAAAAGCAAUUGCCUCAACUUACUGUUCUUGACUUGCAAUAUGUUUCACCUGAACUGCUCAAAGCAAGGAACCUGGAGUUGGCCAUGCCAGGAACAUACCAGGCUGGCAAGCCAAUUGUUAAGAUUGAGAGUUUCUCGCCCAAGUUGACCGUCAUUCCGUCGAAACAACGGCCGCGUCGUUUGGCUCUUAAGGGAAGUGAUGGUCAGGAUUACCAUUAUCUUUUGAAGGGUCAUGAAGAUCUCCGACAGGACGAGCGUGUCAUGCAACUGUUUAGCUUGGUCAAUAACCUUCUUGCUGUGGACAUCGACUGUUUCAAGAGGCGUCUACACAUCCAGAGAUUCCCCGUCAUCCCUCUCGCUCCAAACGCAGGUCUCCUAGGAUGGGUGAAGGACAGCGACACUCUGCAUGUUCUUGUUCGGGACUACAGGGAGUCACGCAAGGUACUGCUCAACAUCGAAUAUCGUCUUAUGCUGCAGAUGGCCCCCGACUACGAGAACCUCAUUUUACUUCAGAAAAUCGAAGUUUUCGAGUAUGCCCUCGAGAAUACGACUGGCCAGGAUCUCUACCGGGUUCUAUGGCUCAAGAGCAUGAGCUCAGAACAUUGGCUUGAACGUCGCGCCACGUAUACCCGUUCGCUCGCCGUGAACAGCAUGGUCGGACAUAUACUCGGCUUGGGUGAUCGUCAUCCCUCCAACUUGAUGCUUAGUUCCAAGACGGGUAAGGUGGUGCACAUCGAUUUCGGUGAUUGUUUCGAAGUCGCAAUGCAUCGUGAGAAGUUCCCCGAGAAGAUUCCCUUCAGGUUGACUCGCAUGUUGACACACGCGAUGGAGGUGAGCGGUAUAGAAGGCAGUUUCAGAAAUACCUGCGAGAUCAGUAUGACUGUUUUGCGAGACAACAAGGAGUCUCUUAUGGCCGUGCUGGAAGCCUUUGUUUAUGAUCCUUUGAUCAACUGGAGGUUGAUGCAAGCAGAUGUAGUCGAUACUCGUCGCCCAGAGACUCUCGUUCGUGGUGCCGAGCUUCGUGCUGCUGCUUAUCCUCAAGGUCCUGCUCGCAAGCUAAAGGCGGAUGAGAACGACAUUCUCAAUGAGGCGCAGGAAGUUCGCAAUGAACGAGCGUUGUUCGUGUACAAUCGUGUUCAGCAUAAACUUACAGGUCGUGACUUCAAUCCUGACAUUGUGCUCUCCGUUCCUGCCCAAGUCGAUAAACUCAUCCUACAAGCAACUUCGAUUGAAAACCUCUGCCAAUGUUUCUCAGGAUGGUGUGCUUUCUGGUAACCAUAAUCUAUUUCAUUCUCAUGCUAUGAGUCGUCGCCGUGAUUCCAUGUGGGAUUGGUAUCUUUUCUUCUUUGCAUCGAGAAUGUCGUUUUCGGAAAGUAAUGUACAUCGGUUUCUUUUACAGUUAGAACAUACCGAACUCCAGCUAUGUACUAAUUUCAUUAUUAUCUGCUUGUAAUUUAGUCAUUUCUCAUCUCUUGAAUGAACGGGAUCCACAAUGUGUCGACAGUAUACUUUCCAGAU